GUUCGUUUCAUAAAAUACUAGAAAGUAAGGGUAAAAUUAAGACCAACUAAUCUAAAAUUCCUUAAAAAGUUCCUUACUGUCCCCUCGUCUCCGUCGAAGUGCUAAAUAGUAACCGGAGAAGAAGAGAAACCCGAUGUCGAAAUCCGGCGAAAACAAACCAGUUGAUCGGUAUCUCAGACGCCAAGUUCUCGGAGAAGGAACAUACGGUGUCGUUUACAAAGCCACCGACACCAAGACGGGUAAGACUGUAGCAGUGAAGAAGAUUAGGUUAGGAAACCAGAAAGAAGGAGUGAAUUUCACGGCGCUUAGGGAGAUCAAGCUGUUGAAAGAGCUUAAUCACCCACACAUCGUCGAACUCAUUGAUGCCUUCCCUCACGAUGGAAGCUUGCAUCUCGUUUUCGAGUAUAUGCAAACGGAUUUGGAAGCUGUGAUCCGUGACCGCAACAUCUUCCUCUCUCCUGGAGAUAUCAAGUCUUAUAUGUUGAUGACGAUGAAAGGUUUAGCUUAUUGUCACAAGAAAUGGGUAUUGCAUAGGGAUAUGAAGCCUAAUAAUCUACUGAUUGGAGAGAAUGGUUUGCUGAAACUAGCUGAUUUUGGUCUGGCGAGAGUGUUUGGGAGUCCGAAUCGAAGAUUUACUCAUCAGGUAUUUGCUACAUGGUACAGAGCGCCUGAGUUACUAUUUGGGAGUAGACAAUAUGGAGCAGGAGUUGAUGUUUGGGCUGCAGGCUGUAUCUUUGCUGAGCUAUUACUUCGUAGACCAUUUCUACCUGGUUCUACUGAGAUUGAUCAACUUGGAAAGAUCUUUCAAGCUUUUGGAACUCCGACACAGUCACAAUGGUCCGACAUGAUCUAUCUCCCAGAGUACAUGGAGUUCUCCUACACCCCGGCUCCACCAUUACGCACCAUUUUCCCUAUGGCAAGUGACGACGCUUUGGAUCUUCUAGCCAAAAUGUUCAUCUACGACCCACGACAAAGGAUCACGAUACAACAAGCUUUGGACCACAGGUACUUCUCGUCUUCUCCAUCACCAACUGAGCCAGGGAAGCUUCAGAUUCCGGCUUCGAAAGGAGACGCACUCGAACCUAAAGCCUCGGAGAGAAGCCAGCACGGGAAUAGCCCGGCCGUGCUAUCACCUCCUGGAAAAAUCAGGAGAGUGAUGGGUCCUGAGGGAUAGGAGAUUCACUUGUGGAAUUAUACACAAUAUAAUGGCUGUGAUUUGGAUAUUUGCAGAAACGCUAGAAUUUCGUAAUGCAUUUUUCUGCAAAUUAGUUACCAGUCAUGUAGAAAGAAGAAAAGUCAAAAUCACACUUUAGAAACAAAAGAAACGUAGAAGCCUAAUUUUUAUUUUACCUCAGGGAAAUUUCAGAUUCUGUGUAAAUGCUAGACGAUGAAUUGUUGAAUUCUAAUUCCUCUUAGCUUGAUUAUUUGUUUGAUCCAGAAUAAUCUUAAAUUUGAUAUAUUACUGUUUUGCGGGUUUAACACCCACACAAACGACAAACUCUAAAAAAAAU